GCUAAGACUGAAUCCAAACUAUCUGAGCUAUUGAACACCUGUGUCAGCCAUGUCAAUUAUGGACCAUGACCCCACCACAGGGGUGGUCACAGUAAUCGUCAUCCUUAUUGCCAUUGCAGCCCUUGGUGCCUUAAUUCUGGGUUGCUGGUGUUACCUUCACCUGCAGAAGUUCAGCCAAUCAGAGGAUGAGGAGAGUAUUGUCGGGGAAGGAGAGACCAAAGAGCCAUUUCUCUUGGUUCAGUAUUCCGCCAAAGGAACUUGUGUGGAGAAGAAAACAAAGCUAACGCCUAAUGGCACUGAGUCGCAUAGCUGAGUCCUCUACCUAUGAUGACCCAAGAAAGCAGAACUAUUACUGUGAAAAUAAACCCCUGUCCUGGUCGGAAGGUGAAUUCCCUCCUAGGCAGACAGUCUACAGCUGACCACAUUGCAUGCAUGCAGUACUCUCUUUCAGCCCUCUGUUUUCAUAUCAUGUGUUACUUGAAUGUGCUUCAUCCUGCUUCAGUGGACGUCUUCCCUGGAAUGUGAACUCCCCGUCCCGUGAUCAGUGUAAUUGGAUUUUUAUGCAUCCUUUUUAAUGUGUCUUUAAUUUCCUGGAGCAGAUUGUUUUAGGGAUUGGAUCUUCAUCAAGAUCUCUUUCCAGUAGCAGUGCUUUAACACUACGUACCUACUACAUUAUCAUUUCCCUUUUCCUUUAGAAUUGGAAAGAAGAGCAGCGUGAUGCAUGGGUUUGUUGAAUUAGCUUUAAGCUUUAUAACUGCGGUGACACUGCCAGCUCUGGUGACUCGCCCUGCAGAGUUGGUGAUCGGUAACUUGCCUUAUAACUUAAAGUGUACCAGGAGGCUCUCAGCAAGGAGGUGGCAGAAGAGCAGUUAUGCAGAUAUAUUUUCUAAUGCGGAAAUGAAACUUUUUAGAUUUUUCACUACAACGUGUACAUUUGUAUGUCUUUUUCAUUGUCUUACCAAGUUCUCCUGUGUGUGUAUAUGUAAUGUGGUAGUAUGGAAUAUUUUUCCUACUACUUAAGAUUGAUAGGGUGAGG